GACCCGGCGGCGGCCGCGAGCGUCCCGCCGCGCCGCGCUCCCAGAGGCCAUGGACGCGCCCAGCGGCGGUCGCGGUGACGCAAGGAGAGCCCCCGCGCGGGCGCGCACCCAGUGCGCCGGAGGCAGGCUGUCGGCUCGGCGGCCAGAGCUGUGGCCGCUGCCGGCGCUGCGGUCGGCGCCGCGUCCUCUGGCGGAGCCGCCGCGGGGGCGGAGGCCCCAGGCGGCCCGCGGGCAGUGGGCGGCAUCCGCCGCAGCCGGCUGGGCGCCAGCGACAUCGUAG